CUGAACAUUUAUUAAAUUUAGGAUUGCGCUAGAUUUUUUUUUCUACUACAUGAAACAAGUAUGACUCUUAAUUUAUGUUUUUAAAACACUAAAACGAGUAUAAAAUGACACCCGGUCCUCCACAUACAUCUCAUAAUUUCAAUGAACUGCCAGCUGAUGAACAGGAGCGACUGAUUCAACUUUUUAAGCAACUUGAUGUGACAAACGAUGAUCGAAUUACAGCUGAAGAUUUAGCUGUAGCUUUCAAACAGAUGGGAAUUCCUUACCAUCCUGAUGGUUGCAUUCAGAGUCACGUGGAGAAAAAGGGCUCACUUAAUUUCGACGAUUUUUUCCACUUCAUCCAGGAAUCUGAACAUCACCUGAUGGCCCUGUUCAAAUACAUGGAUGAAAACAGUGAUGGUUUAAUUGAUGCUGAUGAAAUUGUGAGUGCCUUUGCACGGUUUUCUGUGAAAAUGGAUAAACAAGAAGCUUACACGUUGCUGAAAAGAAUGGAUAAAGAUGAUUCUUCUACAAUUACAUUUAAUGAAUGGCGUGACUAUUUGCUUUUCCUGCCCAGCUUUGAAUUACAUGAACUUCUGCGAUCAUGGAGGCAUGCAACUUUUUUAGAUUUGGGAGAAAAUGUCCUUGUUCCAGAAGAUUUUACUGAAAAUGAAAUGCAUACAGGAAUGUGGUGGCGACAUCUAGUUGCUGGAGGUUUAGCUGGAGCUGUGUCUAGAACGUGUACAGCACCUCUAGAUCGAAUCAAAGUAUUUCUUCAGGUUAGAGGCACGGAAUAUAGUUCUAUAUCAGCAUGUUUAAGGCAUAUGCUCUCGGAGGGAGGUGUGAAAUCUCUUUGGAGGGGUAAUGGAAUAAAUGUUAUGAAGAUUGCACCUGAAAGUGCUUUAAAAUUCAUGGCUUAUGAGAAGGCAAAAAGGUUCAUUCGUGGCAAUUCUGAACACGAGUUAAGCAUUUAUGAAAGAUUUGCAGCAGGAUCAAUGGCUGGUUGCAUUUCACAAACUGUGAUUUAUCCAAUGGAGGUUUUAAAAACCAGACUCGCCCUUCGGAAGACAGGCCAAUAUAAAAGUAUUUGGGAUGCCACAUGCAAAAUAUACAAAAAUGAAGGACCUCUUAGUUUUUAUAGAGGUUACGUACCUAAUUUAAUUGGAAUUAUUCCGUAUGCUGGAAUAGAUCUUGCAAUUUAUGAGACCUUGAAAAAAGCUUACGUUCGCAGUCAUCCAGAAACAACAGAUCCCGGUAUUUUAGUUCUCUUAGGUUGUGGAACAGUCAGUAGUUCAUGUGGACAAAUAGCUAGUUAUCCUUUAGCAUUGGUUAGAACACGUCUUCAAGCUCAAGCUGUGACAAGUGAUACAAAAUCUGACACCAUGGUCGGAUUGUUUAAAACUAUUGUGAAACGAGAAGGAGUGUCGGGACUUUAUCGUGGCAUUACACCAAACUUCAUGAAAGUAGCGCCUGCUGUUAGUAUAAGCUAUGUGGUGUAUGAAUAUUCAAGGAGAGCUCUGGGAGUUUCCAUGGCAUAGUAAAAAUUCAGAGUCUAAUAGAUAUUUCUUCAACAGUUUCUUGAGAUACAGCUGCAAUAGUUUGUUUUUGAUAACAUUAUGCUGUAGACUUUUUAUCUAUCUCAUUUUGAAAAUAAAAUGCAUCAUUUCUGUAAGAAAUGUUUUCAGUUAAAACCUAAUAUUAUUAAAAGGACUUGGUAAAAGAACUAGUACCAGGUAUGACAAUGCUAAAAAUGCACAAACAGCAACAAGUAUUGUAAGUGCAUUUUUUGCAUUAAAAUGCGA